CUGAUAGGUGGCACUGAUUGGCAUUGAUAGGUGGCACUGAUGGGUGACAUUGAAAGGCAGCUCAGAUGGGCACUGAUAUGUGGCAUUGAUGUGUACUGGUAUGCAUUGAUAUGUGGCAUUGAUGUGGCACUGAUGGGCACUGGCACGUGGCAUUGAUGGGCACUGGCACUAAUGAGCACUGACAGGUGGCACUUCUGGUGCCACACUGAUCAUCAGGGCACACUGAUCAUCACUGUCAGCGUGACAGCUCGAGAGGAGAGAAAUGCCGAUAACCGGCAUU